AUGCAGCGACUGCAUACGGACCAGGGGAGAAAUUUCGAAAGCGCGGUCUUCAAAGAGAUAAUCGAUAUUCUUGGGAUAAAGAAAACCCGAACAACACCAUACCACCCUCAAAGUGAUGGCCUUGUUGAACGAAUGAACCGGACUCUGAAAGAUAUUCUUUCAAAGUUGGUCAAUGAACGUCAAGAUGAUUGGGACAGAUGUUUACCUCAAGCAUUGUUGGCGUACCGGUCCACCGUGCAAACCUCAACAGGGUUCUCUCCACAUUUCUUGGUGUUUGGAAGAGAAACAAGAAUCCCAGUUGACCUAAUGACACCUGAGCCCCCUCAAGCAGAAGUACCACCGACUACAUCAGAGUAUGCGGAAAAAUUGAGGAAACGUUUUGAAAGAACAUACGAGUUGACCAGAGUAAAUACAAAGAAAUCUAGCGAGCGAUAUAAAGACUACUAUGACGCAAAGGCGAAAGAUACGACGUACAACGUUGGGGAGAAAGUAUGGUUGUAUGUACCAUUUGUCAAAAAGGGAAAGAAUUUGAAGCUAUCACGGCCGUGGCGGGGACCAUAUACGAUUGUGAAGAAAAUUUCAGAUGUGGUGUAUCGAAUCGAGAAAAAUGCCAACAAAAGGAAUAGGUUAGUAGUCCAUUACAAUCGUCUUAAACCGUGUUUUGAACGACCGUUGAAAAGUCUACCUAAUCGACCACCAAACGAGACGAAACUGCAAUCGAAAGAAACCACCGAAACGAGAAAAGAAAACGUGGAGAAUUGUAGUGGUCAAACCCCGCAAACGGAACCCCCAACCAACGGAGGAAAUGAUGAGGAUGAGUGGACAGUGAGGUAUUUUAGAAGAAAUUUGAGACAAAGUAGACCAAGUCGGGCAAUUAACGGGGAGGAACACGGACAAAAUUUACCUGAUGAGGUCCAAGAAGACGUACAACAUUUACCUGACGAAUUACAACAGGAUGGGCCAUUGACGAGACAUUGCGAGAACCAGUAG